AUGAAUCCCUUCCGACAACGAUCGCAGGGUGCCGCCGCCUGGCGUCGCGUGGGUCGCGCCUCCGCCUUCCCCGAUCUUGGGGAUGACCAGCCGGACCUGACCCCCGGCUGCAAAGCCUUCACCAUCCCCCCCACCUCCUGCCCCGGCCCGCAGGACCCCCCCGGUCCCGUCGAGGCAGCUCUGGACCGACCCGGCGAUCUGAAGGACCAGGUCCUCGUCUUCAAGUACAAGGGCAAAUUCCAUGCCGUCGACCAUCAAUGCCCGCACUCCGCCUUCCCCCUGUCGCAGGGCAGCCUGUUCGACAUCGAGGACUUCGGCGUCGUCCUGAGCGCCGGCAUCACCUGUCCCAAGCACGGCUGGUCCUUCGACCUCUUCUCGGGCCAGGGCGACCGGGGCAACUACAAGCUCAAGGUGUGGGAGGUGCAGCUGCGGGACCUGCCCGCGGGCACCGCCGACGGCCCCGACCAGGAGGUCUGGGUGCGACGGAAGCAACGCAUCGGCUGA